CCGGCCUGCUGCUGCUGCUGCGUCUACUGCUGCUACGGCUGCGUCGGAGUUAACCAUGCGAGACGUGGAGAAGCGAGGCGGCGUGGGAACAGGAGGAGGACAACAGCAGCGCUUGGUGCAGUCCGGUUCUGAGCGCAGCCAAGAGGGCAGGGCUGGGGGCCUUAGGCGCUGCCUGCUGGGCAUCUUUGCUUGCGCUGCAGCUAAAGGAUCCCCCGCCGCCAAGCCAAAUGACCUGGAGGACGAUCUGGAGCUGUCCCCCAUGUGCCACCGUCCGGAGGGGCUCGAGAUCCUGCAGGAGCAGACCAAGUUCAACCGCAAGGAGCUGCAGAUCCUUUACCGCGGCUUCAAGAACGAAUGUCCCAAUGGCAUCGUAAACGAGGACUCCUUCAAGGAAAUUUAUUCGCAAUUCUUCCCGCAGGGCGACGCCAGCACGUACGCGCACCAUCUGUUCAACGCCUUCGACGUGGACCAGGACGGCUCCGUGAGCUUCGAGGACUUUGUGACUGGGCUGUCCGUGCUGCUGCGCGGAUCCGUGACGGACAAGCUAAGGUGGGCCUUCAACUUGUACGACAUCAACAAAGAUGGCUAUGUCACCAAGGAGGAAAUGUUGGACAUCAUGAAGUCAAUUUACGACAUGAUGGGCAAGUACACGUACCCGGCAGUGAACCACGACGCGCCAAGGGAGCACGUGGACAAGUUUUUCGAGAAAAUGGACAAAAACAAGGAUGGCGUUGUAACAAUAGACGAGUUUAUUGAUGCCUGCAAAGAGGACCAGAGCAUCCUGAGGUCCAUGCAGCUAUUCGAGGGCCUCUAGAGCAGGGCAGCCGCACGUGGCUUUGCUCGCGAGAGACGGAGCCAGCGGAGGAACGGCCGACGGGAGAGGGGGGACGGGGGCGUCCGGUGGACCCCCCCACUAAAAAAAAACUCCUUGCAAAGUUUCUGCUUCUAUUGCUUUGAAUUCCCACGUCAAACUAAAAAAAGCAAUAAAAACACAACGGACCCAAGCCGAAAGAUGCAGGUGAUCUGGAUGUUUAGUGUCUCCCCAGGGUCGAGCGUGCCUUUGCGGUCGUGGGGAUGCGAGCUCGAGAAAUUAACCUAAGCUGCGGUUGUGUGUUUUUUUUUGUGGCAGUAAGCGGUCCCGGUAGUCUGGGCACAGCCCGCGAGCGAGCGUCGACCGGUAACCGGUUCGUUGCUCUCUUCGCACGCCACGCUGUGCAACCUCGAGCGCGGCCCGCAAGGCCGGAAUUAAGGUGCCGACAGUGGCCGCUGUGGCGGUGAACUCACGCCCGUGGGCCUAAGCCGAGCCCUCGGCCUCCUCUGUCCACUAGCAACAUAAAUCCCUGUAAUGCUCUGGCUAAAGGGUUAAUGGCAGCCGGUGGGACAAGGUUCAUUUGGGGUCUUCGUCUGGCCUUCGGCCAUGUAAAGGAGAGGCAUGAUUUCCAGCCUGCAUGAACCCAAUUGGAGAACUGUGGCGGAGAGCUGUUAAUCCAGGCUUGAUGUCUCAGUAAGUUAUGGAGGACGCUUAUGUAUUGAAAGUGGAAGGGACUUUGUUUGAUAGCCUCGCCAGUAGAUGUAUGGCGGUGUGUGAGGAAGCCAAGGGCACAUUUCAGAACUCUCAAGGAUUUAACAGCAGGCUCUAAGUGGCGCCAUGCACAGUGCUCAUCUCUAAACCGCGGCAACAAGUUGACCAGGGGGCUCCAUUUUGGUGCAGAUCGAUGCCAACGCUGUCAACUUGGGAGGGACCAUCACGAAAAGAAACGAUGGGGGUAAUGAUGACACCGGCCAAGGCCAUUAAACCUGUCUGAAAACUCAUCUCAAUCGACGUGUUCGCAGAUUCAAAACCUCGGCGCACACACACCAGUGCACAUGUUAUUGAAAAUAUGAACGUGCCAACGGGGCUGCCCUGAAUUACCGGAGGCUUCAACUCUGCCAUGAAAAGUCUGCAGCUCUUGCGCUCAUUCGCUCGCUCACUCGCCAGGAUAAAGUCACCGCAGAAUAUUUGUUUGCGCUCCUAAAAUCACAAAAUCAAGCAUCGUCUCGCGCUCCGUGCACUUUGGGUCAAGCGGAGGGAGCGCGGCACGAAUUCUGAGCCGCAUUUGUCAAAGCGUUUCCGCUGUAAAUCAGCCGGACAUAAACUCGUAAUGGGUUUGGCGCAAUCGGCUGCAAACACGCGGCUCAACUUUGCAAGGAAAUGGGAGUUAAUUUCGAUGAUAAAUGGGCAUACUUUUUAUUAUGCAUUGACGGAUUGUAAUGUUUUUACUAUGCGAUUUUUAAAUAAAGUUGUAGCAAUUAUUUAUUACUAUUAAACUUACAAAAAAUAUAUAUAUAUACACACAGUUGAGCAGGCUUGUUGCAAGUGCAUUGCAUGCAGACUGGUACGGAGAGCAGGUAGCCUCUGCUUCUUGUAGGGAAUGUUGUAACGCAGCAGCUGUUCUCUGAAUGCUCAUGAAUUUUACAAUUUGUUUUCUCCCCUUACAAAAAAAUAUUCGCCACAAAUUACGCCUUUUAUACCUAGUCCCACGAUGGACAAUUAUUGUCAAGACUCAAUGUCAGUAUGUUUAUAUAAAAAUACGUGGUCCUGGUCAUACUUCACUGUAAUUGCUCUGGAUGCAAAUAUAUUUAUCGUGUGCAAUCAUUUAAACGUUUUCAUUUUACAAUCAUGAACAUGUCUGUUUAAAAAAAAAAUGCUCGUUAUAAAGUCACAGCAAAAUUUCUUCUUGCAAUUCAAAAAUGUGCAUGUACAUAUCGGAUAGUGCAUGCGUUGUGCGUGUGUGGUGUAUAUAUAUUUACAUUUCAAUGUAUUAGUUUGUUGUACUUCGUCCCCGUACCUCCAAUUAGCCCGGUUGGCUACGUACGGUGCGAAAGAAGUUCGACGUGCACACGUAAAUGAUUGCGAAGCAUGGGUAAAACGUCCUCGUAAUGAGCCCUUCCCAUAGUAGGCCAGUCAGCUCGUUCUCUCCAUGGUUUGACUUGUGUGCACAAAAUAACACAUUUAUUUUGGACAAUAAAACCAAAACUGCUCGUGGGAAA